AGUUAGCCUGGGUGUGUACGUACGUGCAUGUGCGAUGGAAUGCGCAGCCGUUGAGCGAUUACCGAUUGAUGAACAAUUUCUCUGUAGGCCUAGCCUUCUCAUCCUUUGGAUGAAUCGGUCAUUAAAGGUCUCUGCGAAAAUCCACUUGUCUAGAGCUGAAGAUGCUAUAAGGUGGAUUUUUGAUUGAUGUGACAUGGCUAAUCCACAUGGAACAGAAACAGCAUUGGUUCGGGCAUUAUUGGAUAAAAACUGGCCUCUGGUCAGUAAUAUGUUGGCAAAGGAUUCACAGCUUGUUAAUGAAUGUCCAGAUGGCAAAUCAACAUUAUGCUGCGCUGUUAAGGAAGCACCAGAAGAACUGCUUUUGAAGAUGUUAGAGGCUGCCUCCAAAGAAACAAUCAAUAUUUUGGAUGACGAUGGUCGUAGUCUUCUUCAUUUGUGUGCGCUGCGUAGCUUUGAUAAAUGUAUCAAAUUCAUUUUAAAGAAAUCCGAUCUACAUAUAAAUUUACAGGAUGGAUGGGUUUCAAGAACUCCACUUCAAAUCUGUGCCCGUUCAGAUGCCACGUUUAGACAACAGCUCCACAUAGUGGUUGAACUUAUAUGCAAUGGUGCUGAUAUCUCCCUAAGAGAUGAGGAAGGUAGAACUGCUGCCGAUCUUUAUGUGUUUAAUGACUGCAUGAAGUAUGAUAACAGUUCAAGAAAACAAGAAAAGAAGCAGAUUCUGCAUAUAUUAAAAGGAGAAGUACCUCGGCAAAUUUUAGUAAGUGGCUAUAAUGCGGUCAAAAUCUACUUGAAGGCUUUAGAACAAGGUGGUGUGCAAUAUCAGAGAUGUAGUUUAACAGUGGUGGGACAAGCCAGGGCUGGAAAGACGAGUUUGAUUAAGAAAUUUACAGGACAAAGAUUUAAUUCCAAAGAGAAGGAAACUGAUGGAAUAGUAACCACAGUGCUAUGUGAUAUUAAUGAGACUGAUGGACAAUGGAAAUUGGAUACUUCUAAAGAAAUUGGAAGCACAAUAACAGAAGGUUUAAGUUUAAAGAUUUAUGACUUUGCUGGGCAAGAAAUAUAUUAUGCAACUCAUCAGCUUUUCCUCAUAUCUCAAGCAGUGUUUUUGCUUGUAUUUGACCUCUCACUUGAUCUGAAUGCCAAAGCUAUGGCUGGAAAACAUAGUCAUGCUAAGAAUUUUCCCAGUUGGAUGGUCAUGAAAGUCGCUACAUUUCUUGGACACAAGAAAAAUGUCAAAGUGUAUGAAAUCACAAAUCUGGACUUUAUUAUAAUCUGGCUUUCCUCGAUCUAUGCACACACUGUGGAGAAUAAGCGCACUGAUGGUGCAGAAGCCAGACAGCUAUCUCCUCCAGUUUUCAUAACAGGGACGCAUGAAAACAACUUACCAGGAAACAAAUCACAAAGAAAUGCAAAGGCUGAACAAAUCUUUGAAACUAUACGUAAAGCUAUACAACAUCAUCCCUGCUUGAAACAUGUUGUGACUAGAUACUAUGCAGUUGAUAGUAGUUUGAGGAAUGAUGAGGAAAUACUGAAGCUGCAAAAGCAUAUCCUGGAGGUUGUUAGAGAGGAACCUUACAUGAGCAAUCUCAUACCAGUCACAUGGUUGGACUUGGAACUCACUCUAGAGGAGAAACGGAAGGAUAUGUAUAUGAUCAAAAUGGCAGACGUACGAAGUGUAGCUGCCAAAUGCGGAGUGAAUGACUCAGAGGAGCUCAGCACAUUUCUCCAAUUCCAACAUAAUACUGGAAACUGUGUUUACUUUGAGAACAAGAUGAAUGUUGAUGACCCAUUGAACCACUAUGUCAUUCUAAACCAGAGGUGGCUAAAUGACAUAUUCAUUGGAGUCAUCACUAUUAGACCAGCAAGGGAACAGUUUGCUCAGUUUAGUGACUCAUGGGAUAGACUUGCAAAGUAUGGUCUUCUUGAUGAAAAACUUGCAAGACAUGUCUGGAGAGGUUAUGACAUUGACCCCAACUUGGUGUUCAACCUGAUGAGCAGAUUUGACCUCUUGUGUGAAAUGCAAUUUUCAGCUGAGGAGGCAGCACGUAGGUUAGCUGAAAAAUCUCGAGUGUUCUGUUUGCCGUGCUGUUUGAGUGAAACGAUUGAAGCUCCAGCAGUGGUAGAAGAUGACAAUCGCACCGUGCGUUUCUUUGUCGACUUUGAUGGUUUUCUACCAGGUGGCCUGUUCUUCAGAUUAAUGGUGCGCACAAUUCGCUUUUCUCAGGAUCAUGGCAGCACAGACCAACGUCUUUCACGACACAGUGCUGAGUUUUAUGUUGACCAGGAUCACAAUCUGAUACUCAGAAUCUACUCAAAAAAUCGGUCAUUUAUGGAGGUGAUAAUUGUACGUGUUUCAGGAGAUGACACCAAUCCAAGCCCAACAGUUUGCCAGAUGGUAUACAAAUUCUUGUUUUCUGCCUUGACUGAUCUCUGUAACAUUUGGAGUAAGGGUGUUAAAUUCACAUUUGGCGUACCAUGUGACCAAUGUCAGGAUGAACCUCCACAUCUACAUGCCUUUGACGAGUGUACUCAGAAAUCUAAAGUGGCCUGUAAAGGACUACGGAUGGACACAACAGGAUUUCAGAGUUUAUUUGUGCAAGAAAAUCAACAGAAAGAGACGAGUACAACUAGUGACAUGAAUGUGGCCACAAGAGAAGCUGGCAAAGAUAAUGUCUGCAUGGUGAACAAUAUGGUAAUUCAGAGCAGUCAAGGUUCAUUUACAGGAAGUCAAAUCAGUGAUAGUAAUAUUGGAACGGUGAUCAUUGUUAAUAACACACUGGAAGUUUCUUCAGCACAAGGUAAUCAGAAUCCUGCUGAACUAUUGGCUUCAUUAUCCAACGCACACAUCGAGGAGAAUUUAGGAGGUACAGAAACAUCAGUGGCGGAUCAAGGAGGGGUUUUAGAGGGUUCGGGUGAACCCCCUCUGUGAAAAAACGUAAUAAUAUUUACAAAUAGGUAGCUAACAGUUGCAGUGAUGACGUCACAAUUGACUUAUAAUGUAGAUUAAUGUACAUAGUAGAUUUAAGUGAGAUUAAUUAACCUAGCUUUUCAAUCAGUGGUAUAUUAACCUUGAUGUGUAAAAUUGUAAUCUCUUGGGUAUUGGUAGGGUUGGUUGAAGAUUUUUUAACUUGGGGAUUUGGGUUGGGGUGAAUGUGGACCUGGGGAAAGUGUUGUUGUUGUCUUCCUCCAUUAUGGGUAAUAUGGGGCUACAUCUAGAUGUAUGCCAAAUGGUUCUUUUAUCUAAACAAUUUCAAGCUUGGUCAGAGGUAUUUUUGCUGCUGAUAUUUAAUUACAUGGAAGAAAGAUGUGCCGUUUGAAAAGCUUUGAUUAAAACUGAUUAUUUACCAAAUACUUAUAGUUAUAUUUACAAAUGAAAACUAGUUCUUCUUUAACAGUGUAUGUCCCCAAAAACUAGGAUUUAUGUAUUUUGUAUGUACUUGUACAAAAUAAAUUUAAUUAAAUUAUAUGACAUACGAUAUUCUUUAUUAUUUCACAUAGCAAGACUACAUUUAUUGGCUGGCCAUCAUAGUGAACCAACAACAGAAUUACACUGUGAAAUAGGAGAUAAAAUUAAUAUCAGAAAAAAAACAGUCUCUACAUUAAAUCAAUAUUUGUCAGUUAAUUUUGUAAAAUCUUGAUUCAGAAGUACCAUUAUUUAUUCAUUCAUUUAUUUAUUUAUUUUAGUUGUGACUUCUUUGUUAAGAUGUUAGUUUCCCAUAUCAGGAUCCCGUUUUAUACAUUAAUGCAACUAACCGGAGAAAUAAAAAAUACUAUAAAUAA